AUGAAAAUCGACAUCCCGCCGUCUGGAGCCGACUCCCCCCCAAACGACCCGGCGUCCCUACCGAAGACCAUAUCGCAACAUCAUGAAAAGGUAUCUCUCAAUGCCACCAGGCACUCAGGUAGAGCGCAACCGUAUGGCAUCAGGAAGAAUCACCUGCUUAUUGUGAACGGUGGUUUUAGUGACCAAAGGCUCAAGUCCGUGCUUCAGGAGGCUACUGCGACAUCAAAAUGUGAAGACUUCAAGAAUCUUCGCACAACGGGUCCAUACUCUGCGCCCAUAUUCCACCUUCCGAACGAGAUUCUCACAGAGAUAUUUCGUAUCGCUACGGAAGACAGAAGAAAGCUCACGAUACUGGAUAUACACGACGAUACCGAAGAGAGGUGGGAAGCGUUCGAAUUCCUCGUCACGCUGACACACGUCUGUCGAGGAUGGCGUCAAGUCGCUCUUCAAUUCUCCGAGCUCUGGACACAUGCCAGCCUCCCAGCACAGCACGGGCGAUAUCUACAUUUCCAGGAGCUUUCACAGGACAAGCCACUCUCUCUAGUAGUCCAGUUCCCCUGGACUGGUUACGUCUCCGACUCUGAUCGUGCGAAGAACAAUUCCAGCACUUACCGCGCCAUCGCAGCUGUCAGCUCUCGCCUUCGUCGCCUUGAUAUUGAUUUACCAUCAAUGGGGCAUGCAGUCCCGUCGUGGCUGCUUGAUAUCAGGGUUCCCUGCCUAAAAUCUCUCACUAUUCUGUACGACGAACGGGAGGACGACAGCUUUAUGGGCCCCCACGUUGAGCGCAAGGUGCUUUUCGCGGACCAAGUUUCUCCUCUCGAAGGACUCGCACUCAUCAAUAUGCGCGGAUGGCUUCCUGCCAACAACUUCCCCAACCUGACUCAUCUCUUUCUGGCCCUCCCCUACAUCGACCCCGUGACGCCUUCCGUCCUCAUCUCUCUACUUCAGAAUACCCCUCGCCUUCAGCAUCUCCACCUGAACAACCUCCAAUACUAUGGGCGAGAAACAGUUGAUGAGCCUCUUCCUCUGGAGAGCCUGAAGUCGUUCGUCAUCAGCGAGUCAUAUCUCAACACCGCAGAAGUCAUCCAUUCCUUCCGACUCCCCGAGCACACUUGUCUUCGCAUGCCCAGGAGCAAACUCUGGCAUUCCCACGUGUUUCAACUCAACGGCCUCUCCGCCGUCCGCGGCGCAACCGAUCUCGACAUCCGCGUGGCUCCACCCCUAGAUUGGAUCCACCUCGCACUCCAGACAGACCGCAGCGGAUUCUGGGUGGAAGGGAUGCACACCUUCGGAAGCGACCUCGACGUCCACCCGUGGAUCCACUCCCUGUUCUCUCAGCUCCACAUCCAAAUGCCCCUCGCGGACGUCACCACGUUCACUCUCGACGUGCCCUACCUCGACCCGAAGAUGUUCGUGCCGGUCCUGAGCCAUCUUCCUCGACUAGCCACCCUCAAGCUGCGCCUCUCGGCG